CUCAGGUGUUGUGGGUACAACACCUUUCUCUAAAACAAUUUUUCAAUCAUUUUGCUAUAACUCAAGGAUCAAAAUGUCAUAUUUUUUGACAUCUAUUUUGAUAUCACCGUUCAGUAUUCUUGGCAAUACUUUAGUCUGUGUUAUUGUGUUGRCAAACCCGUCGAUGAAGACGUUUACUAACUUUCUACUCGUCAAUCUAGCUAUUGCUGACAUGUGCUACAGCCUUCUCCAGACCAUUGGAAUGAUUACACUAAAAGCAGCCGACACGACGUUCGACUGGCCGCUGUUUUGUAGGAGCUCUAGUUUCACAAUUCACCUUGUUUGUGGCGUCUCGAUUGGAACUCUUCUCAUUAUCGCGGUGGAAAGAUUUUUCGCGAUUGUUAAGCCAUUAAAAUUCAAACGAAGAARAAAUGCAUUAGUCUUUUUAAUGGCGUUGUGGUUUGGAAUUUUUCUGUUCAUGCUUCCUCUAUUGUUUUUCGCCUGGGAUUAUAAGAAAACCAAGAUGGAGUGCGACGUUUUAAAUUACAGUCCUCCACGUCGCAUUUACUACUUUAUUGUGGCAAUUUUAUUCUUAUUUCUACCGAGUUGUGUCAUCAUUUAUUGUUACAGUAGGAUAAUCUACACUCUGUGGUACUCAUCGCASWCAGUUGCAAACCAGACAAACCUGGCGCGAAUUAAAUCUCGUCGCAAAUUAGCAAGAAUGUUGAUGGUUGUGUCAAGUAUUUUUGUUACAUCCUGGAUGACKGUCUGUGUCGUUCAACUCAUGAUGUUAUUUGGUGCGUAUGUGCCUGACACUUUGAGCAUACUAACUCAUUUAUUUGUACACCUGAACACCGCCAUUAAUCCCGUGGUCUACUCGUUGCACAGUGCUGGMUUUAGAAGGCAUUUGAAGAACAUAGGCCGCGCUUGUUUUUGCAACACGAAAGAAAAUUCAACGUGCGAUUCGACGUUUGGCGUGUCAAAUCGCCAAAUGUCAAUGAGAUCAAAAAACACUGAGAGAAAGGGUUCUGAACAAUUACUUGAAGACCAACGUCAAUGCGACGUUAAACUAUGAAGAAAUGUAGUGCUUUAGGAUUUCUGUUUAAGCUUUGUUAUCAAMAUUUGUGGUGGAAAAUUUAGACUUCWYUUAACGUCACUGCAAAGCAAUGAAAGGAAAUUCAAUCGCCUAAAAAUGUAAAAAUGAAAUGCGACGUCAAUUAAACGCUGAAKAWAUUUCCAUGACGGUUCUGCAAGUCGUCCUUGCAUACAAUUGAUGGCAAGGUUUCUGCCCGGAGGAAAAGUCAUAAUAAAAGAGGAUGAUCAUCUUAGAUGAAUGAGUAAUUGCCUACAAAAAGCCUAUACUUUAAGGCAAUUCGCUAAAGGCACCAAUGAACUUGCAAACAAAAGCCAAUAAAAAGUAUUCAAUGAAAAAAUUUGACGGGAAUAAUACAAAAUCGUUACAAAAACAAUGAGCUCAAAGUUGAACAAGGAAACUUUUCGUGGUUUACCAUACUGUAAACAUAUAGCUAGACCACAAGAAAGGCACGAAAAGACUAAAUUACAUCACAAAAGAUCGUUACUCCUGGCACUUACUUCACUGGCA